UGAGGUUAUUUCUUUAAAAAAGUUUUAUUUAAACAAAUAUUUCCUCAUAAAUAGAUGGGGGUUCCUGGUUUAUGGUCAUUUUUUAAAGAAUUUGGUGAAAGCAUUUCUUUGGCAAAACUUGCAUGCGAUCAUUAUUACAAAGACAAUAGAGUUCCUAAGGGUUUUAGGAUUGGUAUUGAUUUAUUAAUUUGGUCAUAUCAAAUGCGUUCAAGUCAUGGUGGUCAAAAUCCAGAAUUAAGAACACUUUUUUUUCGCCUUUGUCGACUUGGCUAUCUUGGGAUUCUGCCUAUUUUUGUCUUAGAUGGAUCAAAAAGGCCAUUAUUUAAAAGGAAUAGGAAAGUUCCAAAAGCAAUAUUUGGAUUAUCACAAGUAAUAGAUUUAAUUCGUUUGUUUGGAUUUCCUAUCUGGUAUGCACCAGGUGAAGCAGAAGCAGAAUGUGCUUUAUUAUUGAAGAAGUCUAUUAUUGAUGCCGUGAUGUCAACGGAUGUUGAUUCGUUUAUAUUUGGUGCACAAAAAGUAAUAAGUGAUUGGAGCGUAGAUGAUGAAUCAAAAACAAGUACACUUUCACAUGUUUCUAUUUUUGAUAUAGAAACCGUUAUGAAAAAGAGCAAUAUUAGUCAAGCAGGAAUGCUUCUUAUUGCCCUUAUAUCUUCUGGAGAUUACGAUUCCACUGGUAUUCCAAAUUGUGGCAUUAAGACGGCAAUUAGUGCGGCAAAGGCUGGCUUUGGAGACACUCUUUUAUCCUUAAUCAAGAAUAGAUUGGAUUUGACUUCUUGGAAAAAAGAUCUUGAGAAAUAUUUAUCUACAAAUCAUGGUGGUCAUUUUUCAACUAGACAUUCAUUUUUAAAAUUACCUGAAGAUUUUCCGAAUCAAGAUAUUAUUCAAUUUUAUAUUAAUCCAGUAGUAUCUACUGAUUUAGAGUUAAAAAGGAAACUGCGUCAUGUUGUUUGGAAAUGGCCUAUUAAUGUCCCUAAAUUACAGAAAUUUGUAUCCAUACAUUUUUCUUGGUCUGACUUGCCUGGUAUCAAAAGAUUUGUACGAUCAUUUGCUCCAUGUUAUCUAGUAUCUUCCUUAAAACAUACAGAUUUUUCAAAGCAUGCAGAAAUAAAUUGCUCACAAAAAUCAAAUUCUAUGAAAAAAAUCAAUUCUACUUAUUUUACAAAUAUAAAAGAACAUUUAAAAAACAUUGAAAAUAAGGACGAAGAAAACGGAAUUAAAAUUCUCUGUUAUAGAAAACACGUAUCUACUGGAUAUUCUUUAGAAUUUCGUAUAUCUUUUUGUCCAUUUAAGUUAAUAAACAUUGAUUUUACCAGUGGAAAACAAUCAAAUAAGAAUGAUAUAGAACUUAAUGAUAAGAAUGUAUCAAACUUUACACAAAUUACUAAUAAAGAGAUCGAUUUAAAUGAAAAGAUGGAAAUAUGGAUUUUGGAUCCUUAUCUCAAGGAUUUUGAAAAACAUGAUAUUAUAGAAUGGAAAAGUAAAACUAAAAAUAAUACUUUUAAAAAAAAAUUAGGUUAUGAUCAGUUAGGAGCAAUUGAAAGUUAUUUACUAGCGCCUUCCAAGAAUCGUUCUAUUUUAGGAUCAUUGGAGCUUAAUCAAAAUUCUUUAAAAAAACAAAACAUUAUUCCACAUUCACUUUCAUUAAAUUCGACAUCCUCCCUUACACAAAAAACACAAAUCUCACAAACUUAUAAAAUAAAAACCAUAUCAAAAUCCCAGUCAUCAAUACCUUCAAAUUCUUCACUGAUUCAGAGUACAUUAUCAACUUUAACUCAAAAUCUUUAA